UCUUGUCACCCAUUCCAUAACCACACUUACGACCGAGUUGUCGCCCUCCCAAGAGAGCGAUACAUCCCAGCGGCGGCGGUGACGAUGGACGCCUCCACUCAGUUUCAUGACGCAGUCAGUGGCCAAUACACCAUCGCGGGCCCGCAAGCGUCCCAUGGUGGAUCGAACAACUUCCACUUCUAUGGACCCCGUGCACCAUCCGACCCAGCUGAGCGAAAUCCCCCUAAACCCCGCAAGCCGUUCUCAACAGUGCCCUUCCCACCUGAUGCCAACUUUGUCGACCGUCCCGAUAUCCUGAAAUGGAUGCAUGAGAAAUGCGCCAGACCUGCUGCCCGCAUCGCGCUCGUCGGCCUUGGCGGCAUAGGAAAAUCGCAGCUUGCCGUUCAAUAUGCGCAUCAAGUCAGGCAGCGCUCGCCCAACACAUGGGUCUUCUGGGUGCAUGCUAGCACCCGAGGGCGAUUUGAGGAGUCCUAUCAGUCUAUCGCAGACAGGCUCGAGCUACCCAGACGGAGCGAUCCCGAUAUUAAUGUCCUUCGGCUGGUAAGCGAGUGGCUCCGCGUCGAGGAGAACGGGCCAUGGGAGAUGAUCGUCGAUAACGCUGAUGAUGCCGAUGUCUUCUUCUCGAUUGCACAGGGACGACUUGCCUCGUUCUUGACGCAGAGUUGUCACGGAUCCAUCGUCGUUACAUCGCGAAGCAUAGAUGUGGCAGAAAGAUUGGUGGGUGGUCGGAGCAACCUCUUUGUGAUACCGGCAAUGGAAAGAGAUGAGGCAUGCCAGCUACUGCAAAGAAAACUCGGACUUAACCAUGACAAUGGAACCGCAGCUGACUUAGUACGUGUUCUCGACUACAUGCCUCUUGCGAUUACGCAGGCGGCCGCCUUUAUCAACCGCCGGGCACCGCGAAUGUCAACAUCCAAAUACCUGGACGAGUUCCAGAGAAGCGAUAAGAAGAGGGCAAGCCUCCUCAACCGAGAGGCAGGUGACCUCCGUCGGGACGAGUCCGCCUCCAAUUCAAUCGUGGCCACGUGGCAGAUCACUUUCGACCAGAUCCGUCGCGAGAGACCAUCUGCCGCCGACCUGCUCUCCUUCAUGAGCUUCUUCAAUCCGCAAGGAAUCCCCGAAUGGACGCUUCAAGCCUAUGCAUGCGACCAUGGGCCAGACGGCGAGGGUGAUCUUGACGAGGACCUUGACGAGGACCUUGAGACCCUUCGCGGGUACUCAUUGGUGGCGGUGACGGCCGAUAGUGAAUCAUUCGAGAUGCAUGCCUUGGUGCAAUUUUGCACGCGGGUGUGGCUAUCGUCAUUCUGCGAUACACAGAGGUGGGAGCGGAAGUUUCUGAAAGUGAUCCUUCUUGGGUCAGUGCUGCGAUACCAGGGAAAGUACGAAGAGGCAGAGCAGAUGAACCGACGAGCUCUCGAGGGGCAUGAGAAGGUGCUGGGUAGAGAGCAUCCACACACGCUCGGGAGCAUCAGCAAUCUUGGGUUGGUGCUGCAAUACCAAGGAAAGUACGAGGAGGCGGAGCAGAUGCACCGACGAGCUCUCGAGGCGAGGGAGAGAGUGCUCGGGAGAGAGCAUCCAGACACGCUCGCGAGCGUCGGCAAUCUUGGGUUGGUGCUGCAAUACCAGGGAGAGUACGAGGAGGCAGAGCAGAUGAACCGACGAGCUCUCGAGGGGCAUAAGAAGGUGCUGGGUAGAGAGCAUCCAGACACGCUCAUGAGCGUCGGCAAUCUUGGGUUGGUGCUGCAAUACCAAGGAAAGUACGAGGAGGCGGAGCCGAUGCACCGACGAGCUCUCGAGAGCAAUCUUGGGUUAGUGCUGCAAUACCAGGGAAAGUACGAAGAGGCGGAGCCGAUGAAUCGACGAGCUCUCGAGGGGUAUGAGAAGGUGCUCGGGAGAGAGCAUCCACACACGCUCACGAGCGUCAGCAAUCUUGGGUUAGUGCUGCAAUACCAGGGAAAGUACGAAGAGGCGGAGCAGAUGAGCCGACGAGCUGUCGAGGGCUAUGAGAAGGUGCUCGGGAGAGAGCAUCCAGACACGCUCACAAGCGUCAGCAAUCUUGGGUCGGUGCUGCAAUACCAAGGAAAGUAUGAAGAGGCAGAGCCGAUACACCGACGAGCUCUCGAAGCGAGUGAAAAGGUGCUUGGCAGAGACCAUCCGGACACGCUUGCGAGUAUUUACCAUCUCGCUUACCUCCUCCAUAGACAAGCCCGCUUCUCCGACGCUGGUGAGCUUUAUGAGAGGGCCUGUAACGGUUACGUGAAAGCCCUUGGAUCGGAUCAUCCUACUACGAGAGCCUGCAUGGCAAACCGCGAUUCUUUGAGGAAAGACAUGGCGAAUCAAAAUGCGCAAACGCAGUAA